AUAGGUGGGAUUUCCGGGAAGAGAGAGGACAAGGAGAUAAUCUCUGGUGCUAAGAUGGUGUGAGACUCUGGGGAAGUCUGGCAUGAGGAACAGAGCAGAGGUAACUGAGCCACAUAGCAGAAUGUAGAUUAAUAGAAGUAGGUUAAUUUUGCGUUGUAAGAGUUAGUUGGGGACAAGCCUAAGCUAAAGGCCAAACUUUCAUAAUUAAUACUAAGACUUUGGGUUGUUAUUUAUAGGCUGGCAGUCCUGAUGAAAAGCUGCUACUACAGGAAUAUAUAAGGAUUUGAGUUGGUCAAAAUGAGCAAUCGAAAAACAAAGAGCAACAGUACAAUACAUGCAGAGUGUCUAUCAGAAGUACAAAGAAUUUUUCGUGAAAGAUUUUGUCAUCAGAGUCCACAUAGUAACCUAUUUGGAGUGCAUCUACAAUACAAGCAUUUAAUUGACCUUCUCAAAAGAACUGUUAUCAAUGGAGAAAGUAACUCUGUACUCAUUGUUGGGCCACGAGGAUCAGGAAAGACCAUGUUAAUAAAUCUUGCUUUGAAAGAACUCAUGGAAAUAAGAGAAGUGAGUGAAAAUGUGUUACAAGUUCACCUAAAUGGACUGCUGCAGAUAAAUGACAAAAUUGCUUUGAAAGAGAUCACAAGGCAAUUAAAUCUAGAAAAUGUGGUUGGAGAUAAAGUUUUUGGAAGCUUUGCUGAAAAUCUUUCAUUUCUUCUGGAAGCUUUAAAAAAAGGUGACCGGGCUAGCAGUUGCCCAGUGAUCUUCAUAUUGGAUGAAUUUGAUCUUUUUGCUCAUCAGAAAAACCAGACACUCCUUUAUAAUCUUUUUGACAUUUCUCAAUCUGCACAGACGCCAGUAGCAGUUAUUGGUCUUACAUGUAGAUUGGAUAUUUUGGAACUCUUAGAAAAAAGAGUGAAGUCACGGUUUUCUCACCGGCAGAUACAUUUAAUGAAUUCAUUUGGUUUUCCACAAUAUAUGAAAAUAUUUAAAGAACAAUUAUCUCUACCUGCAGAAUUCCCAGAUAAAGCUUUUGCUGAGAGGUGGAAUGAGAAUACUCAGUGUCUCUCAGAAGACUCAACUGUGCGUGAAGUUCUACAGAAACAUUUCAAUGUCAACAAAAACUUGCGGUCAUUACAUAUGCUAUUGAUGCUUGCUUUAAAUCGAGUAUCAGUAUCACACCCAUUGAUGACUUCAGCAGAUCUGAUGGAGGCACAGCAUUUGUGUAGCUUGGAUUCUAAAGCAAAUAUUGUACAUGGUCUAUCAGUCUUGGAAAUCUGUCUUAUAAUAGCAAUGAAACAUUUAAAUGACAUCUAUGAAGAAGAGCCCUUUAAUUUUCAAAUGGUCUAUAAUGAGUUUCAGAAAUUUAUUCAAAGAAAGGCUCAUUCUGUUUAUAACUUUGAGAAACCUGUGGUCAUGAAGGCAUUUGAGCAUUUACAACAGUUGGAAUUAAUAAAACCCAUGGAAAGAACUUCAGUGAAUUCACAGAGAGAAUACCAGCUAGUGAAACUACUUUUGGAUAAUACUCAAAUUAUGAAUGCUCUACAGAAGUACUCCAACUGCCCUACAGAUGUCAGACAGUGGGCAACAUCCUCACUAAGCUGGCUUUGAACAUUUUAAGUACAUUUCUGUAAAGACCUAAAUGCUCCUGCCCUUUAACAAGAUAUGUCAUUACAUUCCUUGUUUAUAAACAUUGUUUAUGAGAAACUUGCA